AUGUCUUUCUUCGGCUUCGACCCCUCCGGCCCGCCUCCCCAGCAGCGCCACCCCGGGCCCCAAGAAUCGUACGAUUUCCAGGAAACCUACGAAGGUUUGGGCGAAAUCGACGACGGGCUUGAUGACGCCAUGAACAACGAGACAUUCGGCGUCUCUUCCGUCGGAAAGAACUUCGACUUUGCCUCCUCCGUGCCUGCCGCCGCCGCGCCCUCUUCCGUUCAACCGCAGCUUUCGUUUGCUCGCGCUGCGGCCGCCAACGACGACGACUUCAUGAAGGAUUUGUGGGGCGACAGCACUCCCGAGCCCAAGGCGCCCGCGCAACAGGCGCCUGCCGCGGAGAAGCAGGACGGAAGAAAGAUCUUGAGCUUGGAGGAGAUCGAGGCGCAAUUGACGGCGAUCGACAACCCUCUGCAGAGAGGCAUGGCUCAGGGUCCAAACAUGCAGCAGCAGCAGCAGCAGCAGCAGCAGCAGUUCUACCCGGGCAUGCCUCCUCAGUAUGGUGGAUACAUGAUGCCGCAGGGCUACAUGAUGCCCCAUCCGCAGUAUGGAAUGCCUUAUCCUGGCCAGUUCAUGCCGCCUAUGCCUAUGGGCCAGCAGAUGCCUGGUAUGCCCCCCAUGCCGGUAGGAUCCAUGCAUCCCAACCAGGGACCCCCUGUGUACGCACAGGCUGGUGCUCCUGGCAUGCCCGGCCCUCCAGGUCCACAGUCGAGUUCUGCUGCCAACACCGCUUCGCAAGCACAACUUCAACAGCCUCCACAACAACAGCAGCAACAACAACAACAGCAACAACAGCAACAACAGCAGCAGCAGCAACAGCAGCCACAGCAACAGUUUGCUCCAGGUGCUGAUGUUAACAUGGUCCAGACGCUGGCUGCCAAACAUCCAGCUCAGGACGCUGCUGCCUUCCAAGCCCCUGUCAACCAAAGACCACAGUCUCAUGCUGCAGACAUGUCUCAGUUCCCGGUCUUGGGCGCUCCACAAGCCCAGCCACAGCAGCUUGGAUCCGGGCCUGAGAUCUUAAGAUCUGCAGACUCUCCCCACUUGGCUCAUGGCCGUCACCAUCCUGCAAUGGAAGACUUGCUGCCUGAGGAACAGCAGAAGUUGGCCAAGCGUCAAGAAAAGGUGUCGCGUAUCAUGCGCUAUUGCGGUGUCAUGAACCCCAAGGACAAGGAUUUUGUGACCCGUUUCCAGCUCUCGCAAAUUGUCACAGACGACCCUUACAACGAGGAUUUCUAUGCACAAGUCUACAGAGUCAUUCACCCCAAAUCUGCCUCUGAUGGAUCUGUGGUUCCCGUUUCGCAACCAAACUCCAUCGCCCAAGCUUACUUGGAUCAAAGUGGCCACAGAUUAGGUGGCCGUUUCAAGCGUGCCGAUGUUGCCUUGCACAGAAUGCAACAACAAGUUCAAAAGGCUGUCACCGUUGCCAAGGAAAGACAAAAGUUGCCACAAAACGUCCGCGAGGGUGUUUUGGGUAAAGUUUCUGUUGGUUCGGGUAAGAAACCACGUCAACAAUUGGUGAUUUUGAGUAAAGCUGCUCAAAAGGCCAAAGAAGCUGAGGAUUCUGGUGAGGUCGAGAUCCCAGUGGACUUCAAGAAGGGUAGAUCCGGCUCCAUUGCAGCUCCUAGCAAGCCAAUUAAAAAGUACACUAAGAAAGACAUCAUGUCCAUUUUGGAGGAGAUCAUCAGCAACUUGAUGACAUGCGAAAGUGAAUCCAGAUUGACCAAUGACGUGGACACCACCAAGUUGUGGGAAUCUCUCCAUGUUUUGGAUCAGAAGUCAUCAUCAGGAGACGACGAACUGUUCGUGAACCCAUUCAUUCAAGCACUCAACUACUCGAAGGCGUUGAAGAUUCUACCCAGAUUGUUCAAGUUUUUGACCAGAGACCAAAUUCUUACCGUGGUGACCUUGAUAAUGGCUAACUUGGAGAACUUGAAGGUAGUCAAAGAUGGUUCUUACACAACAUAUGCCGACAAAAAGGUUCCAGAAUCCAUCACAAAGUUGGUUGAUGUGUACACUUUGACAUUCUGCAAGGUAUUAAUGAAUGCUGUUCAAGAGUUCAAGUUCACCGAGAUUGUCGGCUUACUUCAUAUUUUGAUUCAGCACAACGUCCUUUCUUUUGUGUCCACGACCAAGAUCGGAUUGUCUGUUGUGACCUCAUUGUUGUCAAGAGCAGAGUUGAUGACAGGAGAGGGUCAUAUUUCUGCCACCGACUUGUCUGCCUGGACGAGUUGUUAUGAUGAAUUGUUUACUGCGUUGGAGUCGCGGAUUGCCGCUAUUUUCUCACCCAACCAAGCGGACACUGAAGAUGACUAUGUGUGGCAAUUCUUGGCCACAUUGUCUUUGGGAGGUAAGUUGAGUCACCAGAGAAUCAUUGUGGACGAGGUGAGAGAUGAGAUCUUUGGUGUGAUGAACCGUGCCAAGGCACUUGAUUGCAGCAACCCCGCCAAUCUUUACAAGAAGCAGAACAUGUUGAACAACUUGAACAUGUACUUGGUGGUGAUGGGAUUGGUUGCGGACGAGAACGAGAUCCAGGAGUUGAAAAAUUAA